AUGCCCAAUUUAACUGUUUUAACUCUUCAAACAGGAAAACAUCAUAUGAAUGGUCAUAAAUGGAAACAAUUUAUUAUUGAUUAUUUACCAAAAUUGAAAAUAUUCAGAUUUUUAAUGUUAUUUUUUGUUAAUAAUGAAGAAGAAAUGAAUGAAAUUUUAAAUUCUUAUCGAACUUCAUUUUGGCUUAUUGAUCAUCAGUGGUUUGUACGAUGUCAUUGGAAUUUAAAAAAUGAUAAGAUCUUUAUUUAUUUUUAUACAUUACCUUACGCAUUCUCGUAUUAUUCUUACAUAUUAGAAAAUUCUAAUGCUUGUACUAAAUCAACGUGUCCUAUUGAAAAUGAUUAUUGGUCUUAUAAUUGUGUAACCAGAUUAAUGCAUCCUCAUUCAAUAUCAAAUGAUUUGUUUAUAUCUAAUAUUCGUUUUAACAACAUUCGUCAUCUUGAGAUAGUAUUUCCUGUUGCUGAUAAAUUUUUUUCUGUUCUUCCACGAUUCGAUCAAUUAAUUUCUCUCGGAGUAGCAAGUAAUUCCGAUAUUGAUGCUGAUAUUGCCCUAUCUCAAUUGCAAAAUCUUAUUAAUCUAGCACCUCGUCUUUACUUAUUGACUAUUGGCCAUUGGAAAUCAUCGACUAUUCAACAUUUACCAUUGCAUAUUACUAGUAAUUCAAUUCGUCGACUCGAUUUACAAAGUCAUCAUUAUUUAAAACGUGAUCGCUGCUUCAAUAGUGAACAAUGUUCGACAUUUGUUUGUUCAUCACUGGCAAAACAAUGUCAAGUUCUUCAAAUUGUCAUUGAUAAUCGAUCGAAUAUUGAUGUUCUAGUCAAUGAAAUGACCAAUCUUCAAGCAUUAAAAGUGAUGCUUCAACCUGGUCAAUUCGACAAUUAUUUUCCUAACACAGAACAAAUGAUUAGAUGGAUGUCAUCUGGAUAUUCACGUAUUGCAACAGACAACUUACCUAAUACCGAAACUAUUCGAUUAUGGAUUCGUUAA